GCGGCGCGCGCCGCGGGCCUCGGGGCAGCCAUGGCGGAGGCCGCGCCGCAGCACCUGUCGCUGCCCUCGGGGCUGCUGGAGCUGUGCGCGCUGCUGGGCGCCUCCCGGGACAGCCUUCGCGGCCUGGAGCAGGUUGCUCAGAAGAAGGGAGUCAGAAAUCUUUCUUCUCUUGAUCCAGAGGUUCUGUCCGUUUUUGUGCCUCCUUUUAUCAGUAAAGAGGACAGUCAGAUGGCCAAUGCCCAGUGUGCUAUGCUCGGAAAGACCCGAAGGCGCUCCUUCAGAAAGAAGAGGGAGAAGCCCAGGCUGGAGCAGUGGAAGGGCCUCCCAGGGGCUCCCAAAGUGCCGGAUCCUGAAGAUGUCACCAUCCCGGGUGGUGUGGACCUCCUUGCCCUGCCCCAGCUGUGCUUCCCAGGGGGCGUGUGCGUGGCCUCUGAACCAAAGGAGGAUUGUGUCCACUUCCUGGUGCUGACCGACUUCUGCGGGAACAGGACCUACGGUGUGGUGGCCCAGUACUACCGACCCCUGCAUGAGGAAUACUGCUUCUACAACGGCAAAGCACACUGGGAACCAUCGUGGCCAGCCGUAAGCUCCUCGGGCUUCUUUGUGCCCUUCGCGGUCUGUGUGGUUUCCAGGUUCCCCUACUACACUGCCCUCAAGGACUGCCUCUCCUGUUUAUUGACUCAUCUGAAGCUCUGUAAAGACUUUGAAGUUGACAAUCCUAUAAAAGACUUUGCUGCGAAACUAUCUUUAAUACCCAGUCCACCGCCUGGACCGCUCCAUCUGAUAUUUAACAUGAAACCACUCCAGAUUGUGUUUCCUGCGCGAGCAGACCUCGAAAGCCCUGUUCUUGACCUGGACCUGCACCUGCCCCUGCUGUGCUUCCAGCCUGAGAGGGUGCUCCAGAUCCUGACAUGCAUCUUGACGGAGCAGCGGCUUGUGUUCUUCUCCGCGGACUGGGCCCUGCUGACGCUGGUCGCCGAGGGCUUCAUGGCCUAUCUGCACCCCUUGCAGUGGCAGCACCCCUUUGUGCCCAUCCUGUCCGACCAGAUGCUGGAUUUUGUCAUGGCUCCCACGUCCUUUCUCAUGGGCUGCCACCGUGACCACUUUGAGGAAGUCAGCAAGGAAGCAGAUGGUGUAAUUCUGAUAGAUAUCGAUCACGGGAGCAUUACCUGCUCGAAGUCCUCAGACAAUCACGUGGACAUUCCUGCCAUCCCUUUCUUAGCAGCACAGACAUUUAUUCAAAGGGUACAGGGCCUCCAGCUGUACCGGGAGCUGCACCUCGCUCACCUCGGCUCCAGCACAGACCUGAAUGAGGGCCGAGCCCGCAGACGUGCCUGGCAGCAGAAGCUCAACUGCCAGAUCCAACAGAUCGCCCUGCAGCUGCUUGUAAGCAUCUUCAGGGAUGUGAAGAAUCACUUAAAUUAUGAACACAGAGUAUUUAAUAGUGAAGAAUUUCUCAAAACAAGAGCCCCAGGGGACCAGCAAUUCUAUAAGCAGGUGCUGGACACCUACAUGUUUCAUUCCUUUCUUAAAGCGCGACUCAACAGAAAGAUGGAUGCCUUUGCUCAGAUGGACCUCAACACCCAGUCUGAAGAGGACAGAAUCAAUGGGAUGCUUAUAAGUCCAAGAAGACCGACAGUUGAGAAGAUAGCCUCCCAGAAGCCUUCCCCUCUGCACGUGGCCCACAGGCGCAUGGUGGUCAGCAUGCCCAAUCUGCAGGACAUAGCCACGCCUGAGCUGGCACCCAGGAACUCCUCGCUCCGGCUGAUGGACACCACAGGCUGUAAGGGCAGUGGCCCAGUUGCGAACAUGACCCCUAAAUCCACGUAUACGUUCAAGAUCCCAGAAAUCCACUUUCCCCUGGUGAGCCAGUGCGUCCAGGCAUACUACGCAGACUUUGUCACCCUGCUCAGCAAGGCCAUGAGCUUACUAGCUCCUGAGAACUCUCUGCUCCUGGCCCGGUAUUUCUACCUGCGAGGGCUCGUUCAUCUGAUGCAGGGACAACUACUGAGCGCCCUCUCGGAUUUCCAGAAUCUGUAUAAGACAGACAUAGGGAUCUUCCCUGCCGACCUGGUGAAGCGGAUGGUGGAGUCUAUGUCCACCCCCGAGCGGGCACAGGCCGAGCGGAUGCCUGAGCUGAAGCGGCUCAUCAGCGAGGUCCUAGACAAGCCGCGUGAGGCCCCGAAGACGGACGACCACGUGAAGAACUUUGAGCUGCCCAAGAAGCACAUGCCGCUGGACGAGUUCGUGAAGCGGGUACAGGAGUCGGGGGUUGUGAAGGACACCACCAUCAUCCACCGGCUGUUUGAGGCACUGACCGUAGGGCAGCAGAAACAAAUCGACCCAGAAACAUUCAAGGAUUUCUACAACUGCUGGAAGGAGACGGAAGCAGAGGCCCAGGAGGUCAGUCUGCCGUGGUUGGUGAUGGAGCAUCUUGAUAAGAACGAGUGUGUGUAUAAGCUGUCGAGCUCGGUGAAGACGAACCUAGGCGUCGGCAAGAUCGCCAUGACCCAGAAACGCCUGUUCCUCCUGAUGGAAGGAAGGCCUGGCUACGUGGAGAUCGCCACCUUCAGAAACAUAGAGGAAGUCAGAAGUACCACGGUCACUUUUCUGCUUCGGAGAAUACCCACUUUAAAAAUUAAAAUGGUGUCCAAGAAAGAAGUCUUUGAAGCUAACCUGAAAACAGAGUGUGACCUUUGGCACCUGAUGGUGAAGGAGAUGUGGGCUGGGAAGAAGCUGGCCGAUGACCACAAGGACCCUCAGUACAUCCAGCAAGCGCUGACCAACGUCCUGCUGAUGGACGCCGUCGUUGGCACACUACAGUCGCCAGGUGCCAUUUACGCUGCCUCCAAAUUAUCUUACUUCGAUAAGAUGAAGAACGAACUGCCCAUGGCUGUUCCGAAGACAACCUCGGAAACGCUGAAACACAAAAUCAAUCCUUCGGCGGGAGAAACUUUUCCACAUGCUGUGGACGUCUUGUUGUACACUCCAGGACAUCUUGACCCAGCAGAAAAAGUCGAAGAUGCUCACCCCAAACUGUGGUGCGCCCUGAAUGAGCACUCUGAAGGCCGAGUGAUUGUGUUUGAUGCUUCCUCCUGGACAGUCCACCAGCACUGCUUUAAAGUGGGGACUUCUAAACUGAACUGCAUGGUGAUGGCGGAGCAGAGCCAGGUGUGGAUCGGCUCGGAGGACUCCGUUAUCUACAUCAUCAACAUCCACAGUAUGUCUUGCAACAAGCAGCUUACCGAUCACCGCUCCAGUGUCACGGACUUGAUUGUGCAGGACGGAGAGAAGGCGCCCAGCGUGGUUUACUCGUGCAGCAUAGACGGGAUGGUGCUGGUGUGGAACGUGAGCACGCUGAAGGUGACCAGUCGCUUCCAGCUGCCGUGUGGCGGCCUCACGUCCAUCAGACUGCACGGCGGCCGGCUGUGGUGCUGUACAGGUAGCAGCAUUGUGGUUGUGACACUCAAUGACUUUUUUCGUCAAGAGUUGAAGGUCGAUGAGAACUUCAAAGAGACGAGCACCACCUUCCUCGGUUUCCAGCUCCUUCCCGAGCAGGAGCAGCUGUGGGCGGCUUGCGCGGGCUACAGCGAGCUUUACAUCUGGAGCCUGAAGGACUUGGCCCAGCCCCCCCAGAGGGUGCCCCUUCAGGACUGUUCCGAGAUCAGCUGCAUGAUCAGGGUGAAGCAGCAGAUCUGGGUGGGCAGCCGAGGGCUGUCGCAGGGGAGGCCCAAAGGCAAGAUCUACGUGAUCGAUGCGAAGAGGAAGACCGUGGAGAAGGAGCUGGUGGCACACUCAGACACCGUGAGGACGCUGUGCUCGGCCGAGGACAGAUACGUGCUGAGCGGGGCAGGCGAGGAGGAGGGGAAGAUCGCCAUCUGGAAGGUGGAAUAA